CUGUAAUCCCAAAAAUCUCUUAUCCAAAACAUCCAAAGGACUACAGGCCAAUUGCUUGCUGUAAUACUGUCUACAAAAUAAUUUCAAAGAUGAUCUGUUUAAGAAUGAAGGAAGUCCUACCCCACAUUAUUAAUCUAAACCAGGGAGCAUUUGUCCAGGGGAGGGAGCUAAUUCACAAUGUUCUUAUGUGUCAGGAAAUUGCUAAAGGCUACAACAGGAAGAACAUUUCAUCAAGAUGUAUGAUGAAGCUGGAUAUUCAAAAAGCAUAUGACACAGUGAGUUGGGAGGAUGUUAAAGAUACUGGCCUGAGCAUAAAUAAAAAUAAAUCUGUUGUGGUCUUUGGAGGGGUUAACCAGAAGCAAAGAGAGGAAUUAUUGGGGCUUACUGGCAUGAAACUGGGAGAACUGCCAUUUACAUAUUUAGGAAGCCCAAUAACAACAGCCAGGCUGAAGAGGAGUGAAUGUGAUGCUUUGAUUAAUAAACUCACCUGUAAGAUAACAGCUUGGAGUACUAGGCAUUUCUCAUAUAGUGCAAGGGUGCCUCUGGUUAACUGGGAAGAGGUGUGCCAGAAGAAGAAGUUUGGAGGGCUGGGGAUAAUGAAUGCUUUAAACUGGAAUCAUGCAGCCAUAAUGAAGUUAAAUUGGGAUGUGGCUGGAAAGAAGGAUGUGUUAUGGGUGAAGUGGAUACAUAGUAAAUACUUAAAGGGGUCUGACUACUGGGAAUACAAACCAAAGAAGGAUGUUUGUCACUAUUGGACAGAAAUGAUAAAAGUGAGAGAAAAGUUUAAAGAUAUGCCAAAGGUCCUGGAGUACAAAAUUAAGGAUGGGUAUGAUUGGCUUCAAGGCACAAAGGAUAUCCCAGAAUGGAAAGAUGCAGUGUGGAAUUCUAUUACUCCACCUAAAAUGCAGUGUAUGAGCUGGCUGCUUAUGAAGGGAAGACUGCAGACCAAAGAGAGGCUGGGCAAAUAUAUGGAGAUUGACCAGAACUGUGUUCUGUGUGGACAAGCAAAGGAAACAGAUAGACAUCUGUUUUGGGAGUGUGAUGUGGGUCAAAAUAUACUUAAAUCAUGCAUGUCUAAAUUCAACAUACAGGGGAUGACAAGUCACCAGGUGCUAAAGGGCAUCAUUCAGAGGAAGGGGCUGAAGAGGAACAGGCAACAACUUAGUGCAAUAUGGGCAGGCAGACAGGUUCCAAGGAUUUCACACCUAGCUUAUGCAGACGAUUUAAUUAUAUUUGCCAAUGGUCACUAUAGGAAUGUUCUCCGGCUCAAAGGGAUCAUCAACACCUAUCUUCAAGCUUCUGGCCAGGACAUAAACCUCAACAAAAGCAGAUUCUACUGUGGGAAACAUGCAAGGCAAGCAGCCAUUACAGCAACAACAAGAGCACUAGAGAUGAAGCAAGGAAUAACACCGUUGCAAUACUUAGGAGCUACAAUCACAAAGGGAAAGCUGAAGAAACACCAUUGUGGCACCCUACUUGAUCAUUUUGAUAGUCACCUCAGCUCUUGGAUGGCUCGUUUUCUCUGGGGUGUUAAAGAUGGAAAAAGGAAGCACCACUGGGUCAGCUGGAAAGAGAUUUGUGUCCCCACAGAUUUUGGGGGCUUAGGAAUUCGUGCUCUUCACCACAUACAUCAAGCCUACUCAUACAAACUAUGGGCAAAGAUCAGAUCUGACCAAGGACUUUGGGCAACAUUCAUGCGCAGGAAAUACCUCAAAAGCAACAUCUUUAAGGAAAGGCUUCCAGACUCUGCGGUUUGGAAGAGGAUCUUUAGAGUAAAUGCAACGGCAACUGAACACACAACCAUGACGGAUGGCACACUAAAAUGGAUGGAAAAAGAUUUCACCCUGAAAGCAGCCUAUCUCUCUACCCUGCAACCUGUCCCACCCCAGAUACAGAACAAAUUUAUUUGGCACAAAUAUCAGACACCAAACAUCAAGCUCUUCCUCUGGAAAGUCCAUCACAAUGCCCUCCCCUUCACACCUAAUAUGGACCAUUACCCUCAUCCAACAGUACAAUCCAACAUUACCUACUCCAAUGGUGGACAAGUGCAAGGGGAAAAGGAUUAGAAGGUAACUUACGUGCAGUGGUACCUGGUUUUAUUGCAUGGAUCCUUUGGAAGAAUCACACCUCGGCCCUCCAUGAAGAUAGGCAAAACAACAUUCAUGGCCUGAUCAGAACUGUAACCUCUCUUAUCCAAAGGUGGUGCUGGGUAAAUAGGAGGAAAAAAUGGCUAAUUAAGGG